AUGUCGCGUGUUCUGAACACUGUGUCGGGCUCUGCCCAAAAAUGGCUCGAUGGGCUGCCACACGGGUCCAUCACCUGCUUCUCCGACUUUAAGAUUGCUUUCCUACGUCAUUUUGCUAGCAGCAGGAAGUAUCAAAAAACUGACCACUGCUUGUUUGCUCUCAAGCAAGGGUCUGUUGAGCCGUUAAGAAGCUACAUCAAGCGUUUUAAUCAAGUGGCCCAAGACGUUCCCUCGGCCACAUCUGAAAUACUUAUGAGCGCCUUCUCCCAUGGGCUGACCGAGGGAGAGUUCUUUAGGGAUUUCAUUAGAAAUCCUGUAAAGAACUUCAACGAGAUGCUGGAGAAGGUGGCCAACUACAUCAAUGUAGAGGAAGCACAGGCGGCUCGAAGGAAGGCAGACAAACCGCCUCCCUCCACUAACAGACCUGAAAGAAGAGCACCUCAACUGCCUGCUUAA